AUGGAAGAAAUUAAAACUACGCCAUAUUCGAAAGUUAAUAAAAAUAAUAUAAAGUGUGAAAAAACAAAAGGAAUGUUAUAUUAUGUGCCAAUACGCGGCAAAAUCAAAAAAUGCCCCGAAAGAAGGAUGGAAAAUGAUGCCAUAUUAUUAAGUGCUGAAAAUGAUAAAUCUGAACAAAUAAAUGACAUUUCAUUAAAAGAAGGUGUAGAUAAAUAUGUAUUAAUAAUUCAUGAAAAAGACAUAAACAUAAAAAAUAAUUUAGUUAAAAAAAAACAAUAUGCAUAUUAUCCACCUAAAAAAGAAUCUUUAACAUUUAAGCGUAUGGGCAUAGGCCAAAAUAUAAAAAAACACACAUAUCCGAAAAAUGGGGAAAAAAAAAAUUUUCCAUAUUUCAAACAAAAAAUAGAGAAGGAACAAAAUAAUUUUAUUACAUGUUUUGACAAAAAAAAAAAAAAAAAAGAAAAAAAAAUUAAAGAAAAUAAUAACGAAAAAAAUAGUGAAGAUAAUAAUGAUAGCAGUUUGAAAUCUAUUAAUUAUAGAAAUGAUUUAUUUGACAAUAUUCUUAGAAAAAUCAAAAGAAAAAAAAAUAAAUUAAAAGAAAAAGCAAUAAAUGAAAAGUAUACUCUUAUAGAAAACAAAAGAAUUCUCGAACAAAACGAAUCCCAAGAAAUUCAAACAGACGAAGCAAUAAGUGUGAAUAAUAAUAGAAACCACAUCAUUUGUAAAUGUGAUUUAGUAAAUACAUGUAAUGAAAAUAUUUCAUACUAUGGAAAAAAGAGUAAUAGAUGGUUAUUGGAAAGAGAUUAUACAAACGAAAUAUAUAAACCCAGUAAAAAAAAUCAUGAAUUAAAUAUUGAUAGUAAACAUUAUAGAGAAUUAAAACAAACACAUUGUGAAAACUGCAAAAAUUGCAAAAGCAAUACACUAAAGUAUAGUAAACAAAAAGAUGGCAUAAUGUAUAUUAAAGUUGAUAAUAACUUUUUCAAUAGUAAUAAGAGCAGCGAAUUGGAAGGGCCCCCAUAUGUCACAUUCGAUAGAUAUAAUAAAGACGGGGAAAAUGCCACUCCCUCUAAAUUAAAUAAAUUUUUUUUUAUUUUUUGUAAUGGCUGUUUGGUUGUGUUUUUAGGAGUAAGCAAUAAUAUAUGUGGACGAAUGAGAAAUAGGAUACUAAAAAAUUUUGAUAGUCUAACAGCAUCCUAUAAUGCCAUCGCAUAUGUAAUCAUAUAUUCAUUUUUGUGCAUGUUGUUUAUUAAAUUUAAACAUAUUCGAAAGGAACAUUGGCUAUAUAUAUACCCAUGUUUAAAAAAUUAUUUUUUUAAACAAGUUUCACCAAACAAAAAAAAGCAAAAUGAAAAUAUCGAACUUUUAAAAAAUGAAGAAAUAGGGCAUGAAAGAAACUAUUUAGUUGAAAUAAAAAGUAAUGAAAAAAUAAAAAAAGCAAAAAAAAUUAUGAAUUUUUUUCACCAUAAUAAAAAAAACACACUACACGAUGAUUUCAUAAGUGAUAAUAGUAGCGAUGAAUCAAAUAAAUAUGAUGGAAAAGAAUAUGACAAGGUUAUAAAUAAAAGUGCUAAUUGUGAACGAUGCCCUACAUGUAACUCUGUCAUAAAAAUGGAAGAAAAAAGAUAUAAAGACAAUAAAAAACAUAAGGUAUACAACACAAAUGAGCAAUGCAGAUUUUCCAAAGAUGAAAUGAAGCAUCUUUUACAAAACGAGGAAUAUAAAAAGAGUGAAAAAAAUAUGUACAAAAUUGAUAAUGGGAAAUAUUUAAAGAAAAGUGAGCAUAAUAAUUGGUAUAAUAUGCUAACAUAUCAAUGGUCAAAUAUGGGAGCAUAUAAAUAUGUUGUUAUUGUAUCAAUUCUUGAUAUAGUUUCUAACACACUUUAUUUUGUAUCUCAGCUAGCUAUUCCAUUAACUAUAUUAUUAUUAUUAAAUCAAUUAAAUUUUAUAUUUUCUAUUAUUUUAUCUUAUUUAAUUUUAAAAAGAGAAUAUAAUAGGCAUCAUGCAAUAUCGGUCAUAAUAGUUUUAACAGGAUUUCUUUUUUUUUAUGUACCAUAUAUAUAUAAUGAUAAUACAAAUUUUUUACAAAAAAAAAUAUUAACAAAUUAUUAUAUAAAUUCAAAUUCUUUUAUAAAUCCAAACCAUUUUAAUAUAUUUGGUUCUAGAAAUUUAGACAUAAUUGAUGAAUCAGAUGAUUCCUUGAAUUUGCCACCAUUUGGUUUGAUAAGCUCAAUCAUGCUUUGCAUAUUUUCUAUUGUAUUAACAUCCUAUGGAGGAAUAUUAAGAGAAAUAUUUUUUUAUGAAUAUGUAAAACAAAGAAAAGAACAAAACAAAUUAAUGGAUAAUCAAACAAGUUUAGAGGAAACAUAUUUAUAUGCUCAUGAUAUAAAAGAGAUGGAUCAGAAUGGACAAGCAAAUGACCUUGAUUUUCCUGUUUUAUAUAAAAAAGAUGGAAAAAGCAAAAAAUGCAAAUAUUGUAAUAAGAAGAACAAAGACGAACUAAUAGAAUAUAGAUUACCACUAAAUAAUACACAUAAUAUAAAUAGAAUGAUUGAUGAGAGAGAGGAUGAUAAAUAUGAAUAUGCCACAAAAAAUAUAAAAGAACCACGAGUAUUAAAAAAGAUGAGUGUUGUAUUAUUAUCUUUCAAUAUUGCUCUUAUACAGAUAUUAUUAUUACCUAUAAUUUCUUAUUUUCAAUUUUUAUUUAACCCAAGUAAUAAAAUAUCCUAUUUAUUAUAUAUUAAGGAUAGUGUUCAAUGUUUUGCUGGGAUUACAACAGAAAAUAAUGAGAAUUGCAAAUUUUCUCUUUUAAUUUAUGUUAUAUAUAUAAUUGUAAAUGUUUUAUUUAAUUUAAGUGUUUCAUAUUUUUAUAGUAACUAUUCAUCAGCAGAAUGUUUUUUAAUUUUAAAAUCUUCAACACCUCUUACUUUAGUAGUUCUUUAUUUUUAUGAUUUUCCAUUUAUAUCAGAUAGUGACAAAUAUUUUUCAGUUUAUUUUGUUAUUAGUAUUUUUAUUGUUUUUACUGGGGUUAGCUAUUUUUUUUAUCAAAACAUUGCAACAGAAAAAGAGGAAAUAAAACCAGGGAGAAGAAAAUAA